ACCGUCAGCUGUUGACAAGGUGGGGGUUCUCUCCGGCGUCGACCUCCGGGCCGCUCUGAAUGCUCUCUCCCCGGCUCUGCGCUGUCGCUGCGGCCGUUCUCGGAGGCGCAUGGUGUUUGUGGACCGUCCCAGUAAGCGAGCAUAUGCUGCCAUGAUGACUCUGUGUCGCCUGGUUCAGAGAGGACUGCUGAGCAGCCGGCCGUCGUGCCGUUUGUUCCUCGGACCGGCGGAUGCGGCUCCCCCGGUCCGGACAGCCAGCUCAUCCAGUCCUGUCAACUUGACCUACGACGUGUUCGAUGGCAAGGGAGAGAGCACUCCUCUGGUGUUUCUGCACGGCCUCUUCGGCAGUAAAUCCAACUUCCACUCAAUAGCCAAGUCCUUGGUGCAACGCACGGGCCGAAAGGUGUUGACUGUAGAUGCCCGUAACCACGGCAACAGCCCCCACACCCCCGAGCUCACCUACGGCGCGAUGGUCGGCGAUUUGAAACACCUCCUCGGCCAGCUGCACAUCGAGAAGUGCGUCCUCAUCGGCCACAGCAUGGGGGGGAAGACCGCCAUGACGACCGCUCUGACGCAGCCGAGUCUAGUGGAGAGGCUGGUGGUGGUGGACAUCAGUCCAGCUCAGACCACCACACGCACCAACUUCCGCUACUACAUCCAGGCUAUGCAGGAGAUGAAGAUCUCCACCGACAUCCCUCGGUCCACUGCCAGGCGGAUGGCCGAGGAUCAGCUGCGGAGUUUGGUGAAGGAGCACUCCGUGCGUCAGUUCCUGCUGACCAACCUGGUGGAGGUGAACGGACAUUACUCCUGGAGGGUCAACCUGGAGGCCAUCGCAGCUCACCUCGAUGAGAUCAUGAGUUUCCCCAGCUUGGACUCCGUCUACGAGGGACCAACGCUGUUUCUGGGUGGAGCCAGCUCGGCUUAUAUCAGCUCCGACGACUACCCAGAGAUCCAGAGGCUCUUCCCCAACGCCGACAUCCAGUACAUCCCGGACGCAAGCCACUGGAUACACGCUGACAAGCCUCUAGACUUCAUCAGCUCCAUCAUCUCCUUCCUUCAGUCUUAGCCGCCUCCAACCCGCACCCGCGGACUUUUUUUCAACGCUCAGCGCCUCUGAGCGUGGAGUGGCGUCAACAGCGAUCCUACUAAGUCACCGACACAGGACCAAUCCCACUCUUUUACAGCAGUUAGUUUUAUUUUUUAACGCAGUAGUGUUAGAUGACUUUAAUUUAUUGUCCCAGUCAGUUAGUGGUCGUAGAUUUUUUUUUUCCAGCUUGUAGAUACGUUUCAGUUGAUUUGUUUUGCAGAUCAGUUUAACAUCAUGGGGCUGUUUUUUGGAGGUAAUGUACUAAUCCAAAGAAAAUCUCGUUUGCACUGUUCUGUCUUUUAUGUUCUUAAAACAGCGGAUCUCAUAAGUGUACACACCCUUGUUGAAAAGCCAUAUAUGAUGAGGGAGGGAUAAAUGAUUUAAAAAAAAAAAAAAAAAAAAAACUUUAAUGUUAUUGGACAUUUCUGGAAAAUAAACAUCUGUUCCAGGGACAAAUUUAAGAAUUCAUAUGAAUUGAAGCACCUUUUGGUUGGAUUCCAGUCUGCUUUAAUAAGAAUCUGUCACCAUCCUGCAUCUUGACACUAUUUGCCCCACUUUGCCUUGCAUGCGUUCCCCAGAUCUCUGAUUGUGUCAACGUCGCUCCUCCUCCACAGAUCUACCUCUUCAAGGGACCCCACAGACUUUGAGUCCAUUCCAAAAUGUUCCUUCUGGCAAAGUCAUUAAUUUAUUAAUUUGGACGUAUGCUUGGACCCAACGCGAUGCUGAAAAAUAAAUCCCAUCUUCAGCUUUCCAGCUGACAUCGUGAAAGGUUUUCAGUCAAAACGCGCUGAUCUUUGGAAGCUGUUCAUAAUUUCAUAAAUCUAAAUAGAGACGACCCCAGAGCAUGAUACCGCCACCGCCAUGUUUCGCAGUGGUUAUGGUGUUUGUGCCAAACUCACCUUUUUUUUUAAUUUUCACUCAAAGCUUGGCUUCUUUAAACCAUAACGAAAUGCUUCCUUCUUGCCGGUCUGUCAGACAUUUGCGUUGCUCCUUCAGUGCCGCUCCCAGCCUCAUGGCAGCUUCCCUUUUAUAAGUUUCUGUUUUGUCUUAUUACUGAAGACGGUCUUCCCUGUGCCAUGCCAUGAGGUUGUCGAUUUUUUUUUUCUCUUUCUACCCUUCUCCUGUACCAUUAUACAGUAAGACAUUGUUAAAACUUGAAUCAUUUUAUCUAAGCAUGCAAAUGUCAGCAAAGAUCCCAGGUAGGACGGCUGAACUGUACUCCAGGUUCACCAGUUGUUCUGUGAUUGAUGGGAAGACUGAAUGCUGAAAUUCAAUCAAAAAGUGAUUCGUCGAUGCGUUAGUUUGAUGGUAAGCGCAUUUGAUUAUUACAUUGAGUAAAUGUUCCAUGAAACGCUUUGAAGUCACGUUUCAACAGGGGUGUGUGCCGGUGUGAGAGCCGCUGUUUUUACGUCAGGAUUGUCGAAAAAUGGCUGUAAGGGAAGUAUAAUCUGUGUUUGCGGAUGUAAGUUACGACGACACUGCUGUAAAACGGAUGCUGUGUAUUUAAGGAGGUUUUAAGACCAAACUGGUCAGCUGCGGUGGGAGGUGGGGGGGGGGGCUCAGUACUGCAAGUUUGAGGUGGGACAUAUUUUGACUGUUUAUAAUAGUGGUUUAUUCAGAAGGUUUGUGUUUCAGGUGAUGCAGGUUGGUUAAUUAGUCAUAUUUAAAAAAAAAAAAAACAAUUCCUCUGAGAGCGCUGGUUAUAUUUUUAUGCUAACAUAUUUCACUACGGGAUUCAGUCUAAAACUUUCCAAUGCAGUAUUAAUACAAACCGUUUCCUGAUUCUCUCAGGUUACAACUAGCAACGCUCGGUCUUACCUUCAUGUUUCCUUUGUGUUCUGGCUUGCGAGCCGCGGUAACGUCGUGUCCCUGUACUUGCUCAGUCCUUUCAGUGUUUUCCCUGUUUACUACCUGUGUAUUCCAGUUAUCUUUAUGAAUAAGGCACAAGGCUUUGUGAGUGUAUCACAAAUAUAUGCUACAGCAACAUAUGUAGGUGCCCAAGUCGUAGUGGUGUUGAUAUCAUUUCUGUCUCCUCGGGUUAGGGGGGGUGAUAAGUUUGGUCCAGUAGUGAAACUGCCACAUUUAAGAAUAAGCAGGGUGUUGUUCAUUUGUUUGUGCGUGCCUCUUUUAUCAAGAGGUCCUUUUUUUUUUUUUUUUUUUUUUUUUUUUUCUGUAAAACUUUAAAAAAGCAACUUUGAUCCUAUAAUGAUGUCUGGUAGACUUUUAGAUUGGCAGCUGGGUUGCCAGGUCUGUACGAAUUAACAUUUAAAGCACUAAAUGUUUACUACAAUCAGUGUUUUGUGUUUGCUUUAAACGAGAAAAAGACAAAAAAAGAAAAAAGUCUUUAAAUGUUCAGAAUCAAAUAAAAUUUGACUCCUUAUUUAAAUUAUUUUUAUAAAGCUCAACUCUUAAGUCCUCCUCCCGCAGGACGGAUUAGCCUUGUGGCACAUUUCAAGAGGCCGUCGGUCGGGGGAGGGGUUGAGUAUCGUGCUGACACUUGAAUGCAGAUUUUAUAGUUAAGGAACGAUAUUUGAAAGGACUGUCUGCUAACGUGGGUUUGUGAAGACUGUAAUCACCUGUUCAGGAUUGUAUUCUCUGACACUAUGAGCAUGCCUUUUCUCUGGUUUUCAGCCGUUCCCUUCCUGUGCUAUGUACAUCUUUGUUUGUUCAACAUGUUCCCAUAGUGGAGGCACUUAUUCUAAAUUAUGGAAAUAUACCAGUUUUAAAUGUUCACUAGGUCCAUAUAGAAGUGGAUGAUAUAUAAAUAUAUUGUUGGAAAUAUUAUACAAUAAAAUGUCUAAAACCUGUAAAAAUGA